AUGAGAAUCCUCUGUCUUCAUGGCUACGGCACGUCCGGAGCCAUCCUUCGAUCGCAGCUCGACGCGUUCAUCCACAGGGCCGACGCCAGCUACGAGUUCGUCUUCCUCGAUGGCGAGUACGAAUGCCAAAGAGCCCAUGGUAUUGGCAAGUUCGCACAGCCCCCUUUCCGAUGCUUCAAUCAAUCCUUUGGCCCCCACGCCAUCCAAUCGUCCCUUGACCACCUCCAAGACUUCAUUGACGACGAGGGUCCCUUUGAUGGUCUCUUAGGCUUCAGUCAGGGCGGCUCUCUGGCCCUCGCCUACCUGCUGCAGAUGGCCGAAAACAUGACGGCCAACCCAGGAACCCCGCCCGCUUUCUCCUUCGCAGUCUUCCUCUCUACCAUCGUCGCCUUCUCCCCGGACCCGGAUUUCUGCUCUCACCUCAUCACUGGCCUCACCCCUGGCGACCGCGACAACGUCCUCGCAGACUUCCCUCGCGGGGCCACCCACAAUGACUACGCCUCCCUCACCGGGCCCCGAGAGCGUGCUAUCUUCUUCAGCUCCCUCGGAAAGGUCCUGGAGACGUCCAUCGUCGGCGGCUUCAUCGCACCGGACACGCCUCUUGGCCUCGAAGCGCUGCUACAGCCGGCGUCGGCAGCCACGAACAAUGACAUCGACCAUCUCCCGCGCAUCAUGCAUCCUGUUAUUGCUUCGCCAGGCUGCAAGGUUCCUGUACCUACCGUCCAUGUCGUCGGCGCCCAUGACGACCCGCUACUGGUUAGUAUGUCGAAGCUGAUGGAGGGGCUCUGCAUGGCAACGCUGACGCGAUCGCUCGUGCACGACGGCGGCCACGAUGUGCCGCGUAAACCGAGGGAUGUGCAGGCGUUGUGGUCCGCCAUCGAGUGGGCUACACGAGAGGCGGCAAAACAGUUGUGGUAG